GUCGGUUGAAGGAGGCGCUGCACAUUCUGCUUACAACCUACAAUCCUCCUGUAGACUUUUCUGUAUAUCUUCCACUAUUGCAGACCUGCAUUGCCAAGAAUGCGCUUUCACAAGUUUGGGGAAUGCCCGUAAAGUUUUUGAAAACAUGGAAGACCAAGACGUUUCCUCAUGGAAUAUCAUAAUUGCCGCUUACCGAAAAAAUGGGUAUCCUCACGAAGUAUUGUCACUGUUUCACCAAAUGCAACGAACAGUUAUCCAACCCGAUGAGUUCACCUUUGCCAGCAUACUGCCAGCUUGUGCCCAAAUAAGAGCUCUGGGACAGGGUAUGGACAUCCAUCAAAAGGUAAUGGAAAAAGGUUUUUUGUCAGAUGUUGUAGUUGCAAGUAGCCUGGUAAAUAUGUAUGCAAAAUGUGGAAGCAUACAAAAGGCGCGUGAAUUGUUUGAUAAAAUGCCUCAAAGAGAUAUGCUUUCGUGGAAUGCAAUGAUUGCAGGAUAUGCACAAAAUGGUGUUCUUGGUGAGGCUUUGAGGAUUUUCGAAGAGAUGCCUGAGCCAGAUACCGUCUCGUGGAAUGCCAUUGUUGCAGGAUAUGCACAACAUGGUUUUGUUGACAAGGCCUUGGAGGCAUUUAAGAAAAUGCAGUCGGCAGGUGUAAAGCCAAAUUCUGCAACCUUUGCUAGCAUCCUUCCUGCUUGUGCUAAAAUGGGAGCUUUAAAGCAGGGUAUGGAUAUUCAUCAAAGCAUCAUCGAAAACGGAUUUUUGUCAGAUUUUGUAGUUGCAAGUGCCCUGGUAGACAUGUAUGCAAAAUGUGGAAGCGUACACAAGGCACGCGAACUGUUUGACAAAUUCCCUCAAAGAGAUACGGUCUCAUGGAAUAUCAUGAUUGCAGGAUAUGCACAAAACGGAUUUGCUGAAAAGGCUUUGGAAAUUUUUAAACAAAUGCAAUUGGCAGGUGCAAAGCCAAACUGCACAACUUUUGCCAGUGUCCUCCCAGCCUGUACCCAAAUGGGAUCUCUAGAGCAGGGUAUUGGUAUCCAUCAAUGCAUAAUUGAAAGCGGUUUUUUGUCAGAUGUAGUUGUAAGCGCCCUGGUAGAUAUGUAUGCAAAAUGUGGAAGCAUAGAUAAGGCAAAUGAGCUGUUUGAACAAAUGCCUCAAAAAGACGUGGUUUCAUGGACUGCAAUAAUUGCAGGGUAUGCACAAAAUGGGCUUGUUGAAAAGGCUUUAGAAACUUUUAAGAAAAUGCAUUUGGCUGGUGUAAAGUCUGAUUCCACCAACUUUGUUAGCAUCCUUCCUGCCUGUGCCAAAAUGGGAGCUUUAAACCAGGGUAUAGACAUCCAUCAAAGAGUAGUCGAAAGCGGAUUGUUGUCAGAUGUUCAAGUUGCAAGUGCCCUGGUAGACAUGUAUUUCAAAUGUGGAAGCAUAGACAAGGCAUGUGAAUUGUUUGAGAAAAUGCCUCAAAGAGAUGUGUGUUCAUGGAAUGUGAUGAUUGCAGGAUAUGCACUAAAUAGUUUUGUUGAAAAGGCUUUAGAAACUUUUAAGAAAAUGCAAAUGACAGGUGUAAAGCCAAACUCCACAACUUUUGCCAGCAUCCUUCCAUCCUGCGCCAAAAUGGGAGCUUUAGAGGAAGGUAUGGACAUCCAUCAAAGCAUAAUUGAUAAUGGAUUUUUGUCAGAUGUUGCAGUUGCAAGUGCCCUGGUAGACAUGUAUGCAAAGUGUGGAAGCAUACAGAAGGCAUGUGAAGUGUUUGAAAAAAUACCUCAAAGAGAUGGAGUUUUAUGGACAGCAAUGAUUGCGGGAUAUGCACAAAAUGGGUUUGUUGAAAUGGCCUUGGAAACCUUUAAGCAAAUGCAAUUAGCAGGUGUAAAGCCAGGCUCCACAACCUUUGUCAGCAUCCUCCCUGCCUGUGCGAAAAUGGGAGCUUUGGAACAUGGCAUGAACAUCCAUCAAAGCAUAAUAAAAAAUGGAUUUUUGUUCGAUGUUAUAGUUGCAAGUGCUCUGAUAGACAUGUAUUCAAAAUGUGGAAGCACACACAAGGCACGUGAACUGUUUGACAAAAUACCCCAACGAGAUGUCAUCUCAUGGAAUGCCAUGAUUGCAGGAUAUGCACAAAAUGGCUUUUGUGAGGAUGCUCUCAAACUCUUUGAACUAGUAAAACAGUCUGGGACAUACCCUGACCAUGUGAGCUUCACUUGUGUUUUAUUUGCAUGCAGCCAUGCAGGUUUAGUAUACGAGGGCUGUAAAUACUUCAAUGGCAUGAGUGACUCUUAUGGCAUUAUGCCUACAAUUGAUAUUUAUGCGUGCAUGGUUGACCUUCUUGGUCGUGCUGGAUAUCUUGAGGAAACUCUGAACUUUAUCAUUAAAAUGCCGAUCAAACCUCCAGUAGCUCUCUGGACAUGUUUUCUUGGUGCUUGCAAAUCACAUAAGAACAUAGGGUUAGGAGUAUUUACAGCCACUCUCCUUUUUGAGAUGGAUCCUAAGAAUGCUGCGACUUAUGUUCUUUUGUCAAACAUGUAUGCAGAAGUUGGCGGGUGGGCUGAGGUUCAAAUGCUAAGGAGAUUGAUGAAAGAUAGAGGAAUUAAAAAGAUACCUGGAUGCAGCUGGAUUGAUGGCCAUAACAUGGUUCAUGCUUUUUGUGCAGGAGACAGAUCACACCCACAGACACAGGAAAUCUAUGCAAAGUUGAAGGAAUUGUCUUCGGAGAUGAAGGCAGCAGGGUAUUUUGCAGAUUCAAGACCUGCACUAAAUGAUGUGGAAAUGGAGGAGAAAGAAUUAUUCCUCUGCCACCACAGUGAGAAGUUAGCAAUUGCAUUUGGUUUAUUAAACACGCUACCUGGAACAACCAUUAGAGUUGUCAAGAACCUUCGAGUAUGUGUUGAGUGCCACACAGCAACCAAGUUUAUCUCCAAGAUUGUUGGAAGACAAAUUGUUGUGAGAGAUGCAAACCGGUUCCAUCAUUUCAAGCAAGGACAAUGCUCAUGUGGAGAUUAUUGGUGAUGCUGGAACGUAGGUCUUGCACUAUUACAAGGUGCACCAUGUCAGAUCUGCAAUGAUAAAGAAGGGAUCAAGUUUUAUUUUUCGGCUUCUAAAAAUUGGUUUCCUCUAAGGUAGGAGAUAUAGACCAUGCUGUUGAUUUCAAUAUGUAACGUGAAUCACUGCUUAUAGAUCCUGAUGGUUUAUUUUUUAAGCCUAUUUUUGCUAUACCAUGGAGGUGCUGCAACAUUGAUUUGUUCUUCAGGAAGCCUGUUCAUCUCUGGAGGGAAAAGCUGGAGGAGGUGGGGAAUGGGAAAAAGGAAAAGGAGAGGAACAAUUUCAGGAAAUAAAGAGAUGCUUUGCCAACAGGAAUGUGUGAUAGGGGGUUACAAUCAAUGAUGGAUUAUCUCUUGAUAGUUCUUUCUUUACACCAACUUUUUGUCAUUUUUAUGGUCCUUUUGUCUGUACAGUAGUUUUUGUGCCUAUGUUUCUGCAAUCCGGGAUUAAAUUGAAUAUACCAGUUUAUGCAUGGAAAUAGUUUAUAUGGAUUUGUCAUUCAUGGUUUGAAAUUUAUGAUGUUAUUUCAUAUCCUUCUGUUUCC